AUGAAUGUGUUACGGCCACUGAAACACGGCGGCUCCCAAGCAUUGGCCACGCAAUAUCGCCUGGCGUUGCCUCAGAAGAAGACGAUGAGUCAAAUUGUAAACAGAGCAAGGAAUGUCAUCAUGGAGGAAGAACUUAAUGAAGAGGAGGAAGAACCACUCCCGCUACCAAAGCGUAUUUUCAAAAUGAGGUUAUCUCAGUUCGAGAGUGAUUACAUAGAUGACUACGACUUUGAUAAAGACGACGAUUCUGACCAGGAAGCCAUCCCUGAGGGAAUUGAAGACGAGUCGCAGAAUGCCUACAUGUGUUCCUGCAGAGACUUGAAAAUAACAUCAAACAAAAGCAUCAUGGACAGUUUAGUGACCAAUACAAUGAAAAUAUCGAAUCAAAGGCUCACAACAAAAGACAUUCGUGCUCUGUCAAUUGCUCUUCUUAAAAAUACAUCUGUUGAAGCUUUGACCUUGGAUUCUAACAGUCUUGAGCCAAAAGGAAUUGAAACUAUUUCACAGAUACUACCUCACAAACCAGAGCUAACAGAAUUGACGCAUCUUCGCUCAAAUGACCUUGAGGAACCUGGCGGAAAUGGCUUCACCGAAAAAGACGCUGAAUAUUUCAGAGAGGUGCUGGAAGAAAAUAAUGUGAUCAAGGAGAUGAACUUAAGCCAUAAUGAGUUGAGAGAGAAAGGUGGAUCAGUGCUAGCGGAUGGCAUAGGUACGAUGUCACAAGGAAACAAUCUACUUGUUAAAAAACGGCGCUGCCUUCGGGUGUUGGAUCUCAGUUGGAACCAUCUUCGGCUAUCAGGGGCUGCAGCAAUCGGUGAGAGCCUUCAGACCAACAAUACACUUGAGGAACUAUAUCUGGGAUGGAACGGAUUCAAUGUGAGGGGAUGUGCGGCUCUGGGAAAGGCAUUGGAAACCAACACUAGCUUACGGGUAUUAGAUUUAACAUGUAACAGGAUCUGUGAGCUGAGUGUGUCGCAGCUUCUCAAGGGACUGAUCACCAACACAACACUGGAAGUGUUCAAGGUAUGUCACUGGCCCGUCUCGACUUCCCUUAAUGGCAUCUAUCCAAGUGGAGCGCUGACCCUUCUAAAAGUGCUGGAAAAAUACAAAACAAUCAAUACACAGAGUGUCACAGAAGAGUUCAUUCAACUUAAAACAACUCUUGAAGCCAAGCGGAACUUGAAGGUUCUACACGGCCCUGUCUUGAGGGAGGAACUAAGGUUCUCCCGCCAUCAGGAGGAACUGGAUGAACUUGUGGAGAAGAGCAUUGAAGACUUGAUGGAGGAGAAUCCUAUGACGGUCCUAUUUGAGUUCGCGAGGCAACAGAACUUUCGAAUUCUUGACAUGUUUACAACUUUAGACUCCGAUAAAAGUGGAUCUCUGACUAUGCGGGAGUUUGAAGAAGGGCUUGUAAAAGUCAACAUCCCCAUCCCAAAUGUAGCUCUGCAUCUUCUUCUCAGCAAACUGGACAUGAACAAAGACGGAGUCGUGGACUAUGGUGAAUCUUUGCUCAAGCGAACUUGUGUUUGGCCAUCGAGAGUACAAGAAAAGGUACGAGAAGCAAUAGCUGAGGAAGAUUUUACCACUACUGAAAUAGGAAGAAUUUCGAGCAAAAUCAAAGAUCUAAAAGAAAAAUUCUUAAUGCGAAAUUUCUAA